CAUAUUUUUUAUUUUAAAUACAUUGUUGUAUGUAUCAAUGUUAAAGACAAAAACUUCACUUUUACAUUUAUUUUUCAAAAUGAUUUGUUUUUGAUGUGUUUUCCCUCUUUUGGUCCCUGUCUUUGGCAAGAGUGACCUGAUAUUCUCCCCAAUUCAACAAAUUCAGAUGAAGUCAAAAAGGGGAAGAAACAGACAGCUGAAAGAAAACAUCUGACUCACACUUAAACUAAUUUUAGGAAAUCAUUACAUUUUGACAGAUACUAUAUUAUUUUAUACAAUAUAUUGCAAUUAACUUUCAUCAAAUCUCUCUGAGCUAACUAGAAAACUGAGAGUGCAUUUAACUUAGAAAAGAGAAGUGUGAACGCACGGCGCGUGCAGGAAAUCAUGCAUUUUCCUGGUUAUGGGUUGUUUGCACAUCUGUCCGCAGCUGAAAGCGUUUACCCGAGAAAGCCACAGAAUAUCAGGUCAGAUGAAACGGUUAAACAGUUGUUGCCACUAUGUGUUUCUAAACUGAUCGAUAACUGAGACCGAUAGAGAUAUAGAGCUUCAGCUUCAUAUUGUAUACAACAGCUUGAUUGAUAUUUUGUAAGGGAUAUUUCGCUCUGUUGCGCCACACUUCUGCUUUGUGUGAAGAAACCGAUUUGGUUCCAUGGUGGGCAGCGAUGUUGAAAGUUUGGAUUUGUCACCUCAAGCUCUGCCUGUGACAACAUUUGGUGUUUCAACAUUGCACCUAAUGUUGUGACUCUGCGUCUAAAUGCCUCACAGUGGCCCAGAGGUCUCAUCUACAUAGAGGACAUGAAUUAUUAGAGUACACAUGACUGUCCUUCCACCUGGUUUUCAGAUUUUACAUUGGAAUGUGACUUAUAAAUCCUUCAUUUCUCUUGUAUGACCUGUUGGGGAACAUUUGAAGAAUGAAAGGUUUUGGCUUCAAAAUUUCUCAGAUGUAGUUUGUAUUUAAUUACAUUCAAUUAUUAACAAAUUGAACUGACUGCUCAUAAAGUAUCAGCAGUAAUGUCUGAUUACUAAAAGAGAUGUUUGUAAAUCUGGAUAAAACAACAAAUCUGCGUCUGCAAAAAACAAUUUGACAGAGAGAAAACUUAAAGAAAUUGAGGCCGCUUUGAACUUUAACAGCUCAUUUUGGUUUGAGGAGCAGUCAAAAAAAAGAAGCUGUUUGAGUGAAAGGAAAAUAAGGAAGAACCAAAACUUGUAAAAAAAAUAAAAAAGUAAAAGAAGAAGUAGAUUACACAUCAGUGUCUUAGUUUCAAAAAUGCAUCCAGCACCUCCCCAGUCAGCUUGUAAAAAUGGCCAGGUUUGUGCGCAACAAGGACUCUGGGAUUACCAGGAACUAUGUGAAUCUACCUGAGCCAAAGAGUGAUGCCCAACAGCCUGAUGGAGGGACUGCUGCAGUGUCUGGGAGGAAACUCUAUCAGGUGGCCGCUGUGAGCUUCGGACUCCUUUGUAUCCUACAAGCUGCUCUCAACAUUUCCCUGCGUCUUGCUCUCUUCAUAGAUGCGAGACACACAAAUCUCACAGAGGAGACUGACUUGCUGAGGAGAGAACUGCUUCCCUUUGAUCGCUAUUUCCAAGACGGCUGGGUGUAUGUACGUCCCAGUUUCUAUUACAUUUCUUCUUCCGAGAAGAAAUCCUGGCAAGAGAGCAGGAAUGACUGUCUGCAAAGAGGUGCAGACCUGGUGAUCAUCAACAGCAAAAAUGAGCAGGAUUUCACGAGAAAGUUUCGGUUGGAAGUCAUAUGGAUUGGACUGACGACUGGAAAUACCAAUGACUCUUGGAUAUGGGUGGAUGGCACUCCACUGGAGACAAGCUACUGGUCUACUGGGGAGCCAAAUAAUUUUCGAGGAAACGAAAGCUGUGCAGAAACAAGAUUCCGCUGGAAUGAUAGAAAUUGUGUUCGUGAAAACCACUGGAUCUGUGAAAAGAUGAUAGCUUAAUAACUCAGUGCUUGACAAAAAUCCCCUUAUCUGAAUAAACAAACAUUUGACUGUGCCGUGGCUUUUAAUGGAGAGAUAAUGUAAUGAAUUAAGAGGUAGGAAAAUGUUUUGGGGAUCUUCUGUCUACAUCGCAUCCAGUCCACAACUCACAUUUCAUCAGAGCGAUAUGUGUGUGUGUGUGUUUGUUUGUUUGUUUGUCAUAUUUGCUAUACCUGUAUCCAGUGGCAAUUUGUCAUAGUUACCUACCUCCAAGUGAUACACAACUGAAUGUAAUAUCCUGUUCAUACUCACCCUUUUGAGGUAGCCAUGUUCUCCUUUUCUGUCUGGAGUAUGUUGCAAAAUCAAUAUAAAGAUUUAUAUAAGAGGUAGGAAUUGUACCUGACACAUUUGUUGCACUGUCUUGACGCUACAUAGUGACUAAACUGCAAAUGAAAAGCAGCACUCCAAUGAUUUGACCAUUGUCAACCAACCUUGUCUUCUUGUCUCAACAUACAGCGGGUGAAAUAAGUAUUGAACCCGUCACCAUUUUUCUCAGUAAAAAUAUUUCCAAAGGAGCUACUGACACGAAGUUUUCACCAGAUGUUGGUAACAACCCAAGUAAUACAUACAUGCAAAGAAACCAAAACAAAGAAGUUCAGAAAUAAAGGUAUGUGUAACAAUGUGAAAUGACACAGUGUGACAUGUUCAAUACUUAUUUCGGCCGCUGUAUUCCCUUAUGUCUAAAAAAAAACCUGUUAGCCAGCUCACAGCGUUGUUUAAUGGUGGUGCUGUAUUUUACUGAAUCAUCACAGUGGCGUAUUUGUGUGCAAGUUAAACAAUGCAAGGAACAACCUGAGUCUUUCCAAUGUACUUGUGGGGUCAAUAACAGUUGAGCUUGAUGUAUGUUGGACACCACCAGAAUAUCCAAUGGGUUGAUUAAUUAAUAAACCAAUGUAUUCAUG